UAUCUCUCCAAUGAAUUUGUAAAAGGCAAAGAAGAGAAGAACAAAAACUAAUCAUUUCAGUAAUGAAGGUUUUAAGCUCUCUAAUUCAUCUUCGAGCAAUAAUAAUUCAUUUCCUUUUCUUUGCAUCAGUUUUAUCUGUCGGAAUCAUAAUCUUCUUUCACGUUUCCACAAGUAAUCAUCAAUCAGUUAUCUCCGAUGAAGCCUCAACUGAAAACAUGCCGGUAAAUGAGUACUCCGAUAAGUUUCCGCCGCAGCACAAGGACGUGGAUGAAAACGACCAAGUACUGCUAUGGCGGCGGAGGGCGUCGGUUAACAUUAACGUCGUUAAUAGUGGUGAAGCUAAAGUUGCUUUCAUGUUCUUAACUAGAGGGUCUCUUCCGUUAGCACCUCUUUGGGAGAAGUUUUUUAAAGGGAAUAAAGGGAAAUACAGUAUUUAUGUUCAUACAAAGCCAUUAUUCAAUCUAACGUUUCCUCAGUCUUCUGUUUUCUAUGGCACAUCCAUUCCAAGCAAGGUGGUAGAGUGGGGAAAAUUUAACAUGGUGGAAGCAGAGAGACGAUUAUUAGGCAAUGCCUUGAUGGAUCCAUUAAACCAAUACUUUGUUCUUCUCUCAGAAUCAUGCAUCCCCCUCUUCAAUUUCUCAACGGUACAUUCUUAUGUUUUGGGCUCACGCACUACAUUUGUGGAGGCCUAUGACUUAUUGGGCCCAACUGGUCAAGGCCGAUACAGUUACCGUAUGAGGCCCUUAAUAAAGCUCGAUCAAUGGCGAAAAGGGUCUCAAUGGUUUGCAAUGGAUCGCCAUCUGGCAAUCGAGGUGAUCUCAGACGACAUAUAUUUUCAAAAGUUUAUGCGCAAAUGCAAGAUAGGAUCAUGUUAUGCGGAUGAGCACUAUCUGCCGACAUUUGUUAACAUCCGAUUUGCCGAUAGCAAUUCCAACCGGAGUUUGACAUGGGUUGAUUGGUCUAGGGGAGGGCACCACCCGGCCUCCUUUUAUAGAACACGCGUGACGAUUGAAUUAUUGAAAAAAUUGAGAAAUGGAAGUACUUGCGAGUAUAAUGGGAAGACAACAAAUGUUUGUUUCUUAUUUGCGAGAAAGUUCUUGCCCAAUAGUUUGGAUAGAUUACUUAGGUUUGCACCAAAAAUCAUGCAUUUUGAUUGAUUCAUUCAUUAACUUUUUCAUUCAUGUACAAGGGGUAAUACAAAAGCAAGAUAAUUUAAAGACCCCAUUGAAAGUCCUAGAAUACAUUAAGGAGGAGGAAUUUAUCCUUAGUGAAUUUGUACACACUUCAACUUUCUUUUUGUUCU